CCAAUUUACAAAGCGAAUAUAUUUGAGAGCGCACGUCCAGUUUUGUGCGAGAGCGAGGGAAAUCCGGCUAGGAGUGGAGAGCUUCUUGCUCGCGCAUUACAUGGAUGCGCAAUCGCGUUACAGUAAUGCGCUUUCGACAUUUGUCAUUAAAAUAACACCGAACGAACGCUGUCUAAAAGUUGCGUGUGCGUGUUACUUUCCUGGAUCAGCGCCUCUUUCAAGUGACGUACAGGAGGAAAUGCAUCAUCUCUUCUGACUCGCUCUCUGCGCUCGAUUUAAAACCAAAACUGCACUCUUUACUCAAGUUCAGUCAUUUAUUUCUUCUUUAGACAUCAAACCACGGAAGCUCUGUGCAGACUGAGAUUAUGGCUCAAUGGAUGCAAUAUACAAUAUUUCUGACUGCUGUUUUGCGUGUGUGGUCAUCUGCUGAGACGAGCAGAAGACGAGAGUUAACAGAGGCACAGAUGUACCUGAGGCGGUUUGGAUAUCUAAAUACUCCACUGAACCCAGAAGCUCAAAGAGAUUCCAGUGAGCGGGCUAUGAAAGUGGCUCUCAGUCUCUUUCAGAGAGUGUCAGGGCUGCCAGUCACUGGAAAUCUUGACAGAGCUACUCUUCUUAAAAUGAGGCAGCCGCGGUGUGGUGUUGAGGACCCCUUCAACCAAAAGUCUUUAAAAUACAGGCGAUUUGGUGGAUUUUGGCGAAAGAAAAACUUAACAUAUUACAUUUACAACUACACACCAGACAUGGGGAAAACGGCAACACAGACAGCCAUACGCUCAGCAUUUAAAUACUGGAGUGAUGUCACCCCACUCAGCUUUAAAAAGAUUAACUAUGGACCUGCUGAUAUUCAAAUCUCAUUUCACAAGAGAGAUGGCUGUCCUUCACCUUUUGAUGGUCCUGGCCAUGUUCUUGCACACGCUGAAGCCCCUCCAUCAGGAAUAGUUCACUUUGAUGAAGAUGAAUUCUGGACCGAAGGGAAGUAUUAUGGUUCCAAUCUGCGUAUUGUUGCGGCUCAUGAGAUCGGGCAUGCUCUUGGCUUGGGGCAUUCUCAGUACAGCAGUGCUCUUAUGGCAGCACACUACAGUGGUUACCAAGCCAAUUUUAGACUGCACAUUGAUGAUAUCAGAGGAAUCCAAGCCAUAUAUGGUAAAAGGAUCUCUAGUACAACCACUGCUGAUGAUAUCUAUGCCAUGACAUAUCCCACUACCAUGGCCCCAUUCCCCAGGGGUGAUAUGCUAGAUCCAUGCACUGCUAAACUUGAUGCUAUAAUGCUGGGUCCAUCACGUAAGACGUAUGCUUUUAGUGGGGAUUAUGUGUGGACAAUUACAGAUAUGGGCCAUAACUCUCCAGUAAAAAUAAGUUUGCUAUGGAAGGGGCUACCAGGAAACCUGAAUGCAGCUGUAUAUUCCCCAAGAACCAACAAGACAUACUUCUUUAAAGGUGAAAAAGUCUGGAGGUUUACAAAGUACCGCCUUGACUAUCGAUACCCCAAACCACUAAAAAGAAUCCCUGCCAAUAUUGACGCUGCUUUGUAUUAUGAGAAGAACAAGAACAUUUUCUUCUUUAAGGGUUCGGGCUAUUGGAAGUGGGAUGAAAUGGUUUAUAAUGACCUCAGCAUUUAUCCCAAACCCAUUUCCCGUCUGUUUAUUGGCAUCCCAUCAAAUCCUGAUGCAGCUUUCACAUGGACCAAUGGGAAGAUGUAUUUCUUCAAAGGUGACAAGUACUGGCGCUUAAAUGAGCAAUUAAUUGUUGAUUCUGGAUACCCACUCAGCAAGCGUGUCCGCUGGAUGAGGUGCAACUAAUUUGCAAUGUUUCCCUUUAAACUCAGUGAACAUUUUACGCUACACUAUGUAACUUUUUGCCUUCAGCUUCACACUAUCCACAGCCAAAGCUACUUAUCUCUGUAACACGCAUGUGUAUGCAAUUUCCAGUAAAUUCAAU